AUGAGCUCAUCGGCCGAAUUACGUGAAUUGCGAAACGCGUUCGACAGUUUUUCAGUAUGGAUUCUUGCCCAUCAAGUGACCAAUCCAAAUACUAGCAUCAGUUUUGUGCACGGUAAAAACAUUCAUCGCAAUUUGCGCAACUACAUGCUGGCGCUAAUAUCCGAUAAGAAGAAUGAUGUGAUGAAACUUGCACUCCUAGAAUUCCAUUUAACUAAAGCUCAGUUCGAAUUAGUGUCGAAAGACACACGAGAGCAAGACAUCGCACUAGUGCUACGUUACUGGAACGUGGCAUCUGCAUAUUCGAUCCAGCAUUACUUGUACAUCGCAAACGAAUGGCCAGCUUUGGAACAUGCUGAUGGUAUUAGCAUAUUGAACGAUAAUGAUUUUCAUUUGUUCGAUUUAUUGUCCUUGUCAACCAACGCCCUUUGUAUGAUAAGUGCCGCCCGUGAACAGUGCGAUGCGAGAAACAAAGAUGUAUACGAAAUUACUAUGGGUAAUGGACAAACAAUACGUGAAACGAUCACAUUAUUGCCCAAAUCGGUUAUGAACAAGCCUCCAGUAGCAUGUUUGUCAAGAAAAGAAUAUUAUCCUAUCGAUGCAAAGCCAGUAAAUGGUAUCAACCUACAUGAUCUAUGCGGUCUACUGAAAGCGUGCGAAGGGGGAUCACCUUUGGGUCUCCUAGUGGUUAGACAAGCAAUGUUGAAAAAUAUCCUACUGUACGUCAAAAAGUGUUGCGUUGAUCGGUUGGAAAAUGUCACCCAAGAUACCUGGUUCCUGGUGAGUGAAGAUAUUCCAUUCGAGACUAAGUUCCCGGAUCACGAAACCAUUCACGAGCUAGCUUUCGUGAAGGAUUACGGGAUGGUGUUUUGGUUACGCAGCAGAGGACCCCCAACGCCGAUCAGCAAAUACUUUACCAUCAGUUGCUGGAAUGAGUACGAUUCGGUUCCGCCAGCCCCAUGCUGGUUGAACGUGCUGGUGUCCAAUGUAUCCGAUGGGAGUAGUACCUAUUUGCAACGUCUUGCUGCCACAGUUAGGCGUGCUGAUCCUUGUCACUUGAUCGUGCAAGUGCAAGCAGUGGAUGUAGUAAAAGUUUUACAACAACCUGAUACAACCGUGCUCGAUAAACUGAAUGCCAUUUUUGGUGUUCGAAACGAAGCAGAACGGAACAUGUUAGCUACCGUUCAACUGGUACUACUUAUCGAUCACGCCAUUGCGGACAAUGGUUCGGAUGGAAUAGCGCAAACGUUGGUACAGUUUUUAAACGUAAUAGAUGAUAGCAUUCGUCAGCAUAUGACAGUGUGGAUCGUAGGUGAUGAUCUGUUGUGGACACGGGUUGCAACCAACUGCAAGCAUUUAGCCAUGAAGCACUCUAUGCCAAAAUUAGAGGAAGAUCAGUGGAAAGAUUGUUUAUCCCGGAUGGUAAAAAAAAGCAACGUUAAUAUGGGGCAACUCGCGGAAUCCAUCACAGCCGGUAACAGCCGAAAUAUGGGGCAAGAUCUAUUUGGCAACCUGUUUAUACUCACCGUCUUGGCGGAAGCUGUUAAUGGUCACAUUGAUAGUGAAGAGAACGGUAAACCAUCAUACUGGUGGAUCGAUGCACUGGAAAAAUACAUUUGGAAAAAUAUCGCACUACCAGAGAGCAAGGAAUUGGAGGAGCUUGAGCAGUAUUGCUAUGAGCGUGUGUGUAUGGACUACUCCGAUCAUACGAAACAUUUUUCAAUGCGUAGUCGUAUAAAACAUCGGACACUUCAAAUGCUGCUGGCAGCAAAAUACCUCGCAAAACAUUCGCAUUUGAUCGAUACCGCAAACUACCACCGUAUCGGGUAUGGUUUACUAGAUCUUAUGCUGUUUCGGCACAGCUCGGUAGCGAUUGCAGUGCUUCACCAUGAUGUGGAUACAGUACGUCAAAGUACUCCGGAGGAAUUGCAAUCGAUACGCGAUUGUCUGCAGCGUAACCUACUGCAUGUUGUGUACAAUUCAACAGAAAUUGCAGAUAUUUUACUAUCUGCAGGAAUUCCCUUCGACCAGCAAUGCGCUCGCCAGCUGAACAAUUGGACACCGCUACAAGUAGCCAUAAAUCGAAAUGAUUGGUCGCUUGUAGAUCGUCUGUUAGCCAAAGAUGCCAAGCUUUCGAGCCAAGAGACAAAACUGCACGGCAUGCCGGUAUCCGAAUUAGCCGAAGUAUUUAACGAUUGCAUCUCCGAUAACUGCACCACUCUCAUUGAGUGGAUUUUGAACAAUCGAUCCGAUUACCAGAUUAACCAACAAAAUAUCUUCUGUCUAUCAGCGUACGAGGAGUUUGAUACCGCUCUGCUCUUUCGGCUGCUGACAAUUGCUCAGGAGCAAGGUUUGGCUACAAGGGAACCGCCAUAUCGGUACAUUUUUGAUAACAGUGCGCUGGAUAAUGCCGUUGAGGACGAUCGUAUUGAGCUAGCCACUUUUCUUGUUGAGCGACUUCGCUUUGAACCGACCGAUGAAUUUCUCGAACUACGAGCUCGGUAUCAGCAAAAUGCGCAGCUAAAGCAAUACAAAAAAAUGUUCGAACUUUGUAAAGCCGGUGAGUUAACUGCAGUACGUCAGAUGAUUGACGAAGUAGGGCUGGACCCACAUUACGAGUACGACGAUACAAACUUAUUCAUUCAGGCUGCCUCGAGCGGAAAUGUUGAGCUGGUUCGGUAUCUCUUUGAGGCGCAUGGUUUCGAUGAACGACUGGACGAUUGCGAUGAGCAUGGAUGCUCCGCAAUAUCGCAAGCGUUGGUUAAUGGUCAUCAACCGAUCGUACAGUUCUUACUAAACCAUAAAGCAAGCGUUAAACCUUCCUGGAUCAAAAAUUGCCCAGGCCAGCUGCCAGACGAUAGCGUCGAAGCUGACACAGAGGAUUUCCUAUCGCUUAUCGAUUGUCGCCGGGAAAAACUGGAACGAUUAACCAUCGAUUAUGGUCGCUACGAAGCUGGAGAACUGUUGCUGCAUUGCUAUAUCAGAUAUGUGGACGAACCGGAUGAAGAUACGUUCCGAUUUUUACUGUCUCGAUACGGCAAUGUAGAUGUGCGCACAGAUGUGACCUCUGAGUUGCGAUUGGGAGAAACGCCUUUACAUAUCGCUUUGCAAAAUGGUAACAAACGAUGCAGAGAAUUAUUGAUAGAGGCGGGCGCUGAUAUCCAUGCGAAAUCGCUUCAGCAUGAACUGACGUCGUUACACUAUGCCAUCAUGGGUGGUGCGGAUAAAUCAUUCGUACAACGACUGAUCGAGGUGUAUGGUUUCGAUGUCAAUACACGCGAUGGACGGGGCCGUACGAUUAGUUUCUACAUGCCUUUAAACACGGAAUUCUACUGUUGGUUAAUUGAUCAGUACCAGUUCGAUCCUUGUGCGAGUGAUAACAAUGGCCAAACCGUCCUGCAUCAUAGAGUGAUACGAAAUAGCUUCUUUGCACGUGCUGAAAUCGAAUAUCUGCUAAAGAUGUCUCAAUUCUCUCAAUCGAAAACCGAUAAACGUGGACGGUUUCCUUUACAUUAUGCAGUGGAGGCAAACAAUCUUGCUAUUGUACAACUGCUAGUCAAAUACCGGUCAGAUCUUCAUAAUAUUCCAGAUAGUGAUGGUGUCACUGCGUUAAAAAUCGCUCACAACUUAAACCAUUCAACAAUCUGUGAUUUUUUUGCAAAGCUUGGCGAAUAA